GAAAAAAAGAAGAAGUGUCGUGACAAGCCGACUGAGCUGAGCAGUGACCUGUACUGUGUCCUCCACAAAUCCAUCAGCUGUUUACAUUAAGCUAAGAGUAUUGAAAUCAUGGUUUUUGAGGAGAAAAUGAUCAUGAACGGUGAACCAGAUGAGGAAGAAGAGGAGGAGGAGGAAGAGGAAAUGGUGGAUCCCCUUGAAUCAGUGCGGCAGAAGUGUGAGGAUGUGGAGCAUUGUGUCCACACCAAGGAGCGCCUGGAGCAGUGUGAGACCAGGGUCGGCUCUCGCUCUGCCACAGAGGAGGACUGCACUGAAGAGCUCUUUGAUUUCCUUCAUGCACGGGACCAUUGUGUAGCGCACAAACUCUUUCAUUCAGUCAAAUGAAGUCCAUUUGAAGAUCUCGGCAGUCUACUAUAGCAGAAAGACCCCGGGCUUUAUGUCCUUACGUGCAUAUUGUAUUUGAUUGUGUGAAUAAAUUGUAAAUUAAGUAUUAAAAGUGUAUUUUCAUUUCAUGAUCAAGUAGAAACGUAGGUAAGGGGCAACAUUUUGUAAAUGUACAAAAGCACCUAGCUCUAUAGAAUUUAGAGUAUUUUCAAAAUACUGUCAGUUCUAUUUAGCUUGAAAUAGCUACAACUAUACCUCCAGUUAAUCAACACUGUUUAUUUGGGAGUUUGACAUAGAAUGGUCAUGUCCCUUGCUACAACGAAAGAGUAACAAAAGAGACUUCAAAUCUAGGCAAAACUAGAAAGUGUGAAACCGUCUGUCAUAUGGUUUGGACUAUCAUAAGUAAUCUCUGUAACUGAAAUAAUUUGAUGCACCGUAGUGAUUGAUGUAUUAUAUUUGAAGGACACCUUGUUAGAAUGGUUUGCUUAUCUGCCCUUGAGCUUUUUAUGAAAGUUAAUUUUUACCCACACCUUACGUGCAUUGUAAACAAUCUGAGCCAUUUGUCCAAGAACCCUGGUCAUUAAAAAUGACCAGGGUAAAAAACGACUGAUAAAAAACGACAGUGUUAAAAAGGUGUUCUUUGGUCGUCAUAAAAAAACCAUAAGGGGUAACACUGUCAAAAAAAACUUUUCGACAUUAAAAAUAAAUGUCAAAGUUUUGCCCAAAAUAUUUAACUGAUAUGCUCCAUUAAUAAGUUAAUAAGCCUUCUAGAACACUAAGAUCUUCUGAAACCAAUCUGUUAAUUAUCCCCACAGUAAACACGGAACAUGGGAAAGCAGGAUUUAGUUACUAUGCAACAAAUAGCUGGAAUAAACUCCCUGAGGAUUUUAGACUUGCCCCAACUCUGAGCACCUUUAAAACAAGAUUGAAGACUUUUAUGUUUGCUUUAGCUUUCUGCUAAAUCUUAAAUACUUUGCCUUUAUUUUACUAAAAUGCCUUUUUAACUUUCCCUU